AUGGCGCAACCUGGCUUUCCGUGGAAUUCUCAGUCGCGAGAUCUGGAAAAAGAAGCAAUACAACCAGUGUUGGGCAAUGCUACAGCUGCGUCAGAUGCAGGGAAACAAGGCGACCUGUCGAAGCCUGACAAGAACCCUCCUCCCGCCGAACAAUCCCAGCAGAGGAAGCCGAGUACGGGGAAUGGAAAGCGUCGGAGUGGAUCAACCAAAGGCCCUCCCAAGGUCAAGACGCCUGUGGUGAAGCCUUCAGUGGAUAGCACGCCCAGGCUGAGAGCUCAGCUCCCAGUUCGAACAAUUCCACCACCAGCCUGGGUACAAGAUGUCGAAGAAGAUGACCUCGAAAACCCCCAAUUCCAGUUUCCGGAUGCGCCGCAUGCUGCGUUCGUUGCGCAUCACAACCACGCCCCAUCGACGGCCCGACAUCCACUUCUUUCGGGCGGCGAACAUGCUAAAGACGAGGGAUUCCUCACAUCUUCGGGUCAGGUCCGUCCAGAGCGGACGUCAAGAUGGGUUACCUUUGCGCGCGCCAGCGCUUAUCCCCGGGAAGACUUUACCGGCGAGAAGGUGGACGAGGACUAUCUCAAUCAACAUUUCACCGACUAUUCGAGGCCCUGGCUCGCCGGCCGCGACGAGGAAAACGCGGAUGACAGCAACAGCAGGUAUCGUGCAUUCCGCAAAAAGAGACAAGCGUGGUACAGGCGGGCUCAGUUCAUCAUCCUCCGGAACCCAUUCAUCCCUCUUGCCUUCCGACUGACGGUCUUCAUAUUCGCAACCACAGCCCUCGCUCUGGGCACUUCGAUUUUCCACCAAACUGGAAAGAUUGUGAGGUGCCUUCAACAGCGCCCACGUAGUGCGCAAUGUGUGGACCUCGUCGGCACGGGAGAGCAAGAUUACUACCGCGAUCCUUCUGGUCUUAUGGCCAUUAUUGUCGAUGCGAUUGCGUUGGCGUACACCCUGUACAUCACAUACGACGAGUACUUUUCCAAACCUCUAGGCCUACGACCUGCUCGGGCCAAGGUCCGGCUUGUCCUCUUGGAUUUGUUUUUCGUUGUGUUUCAGUCGGCAAAUCUCGCUCUGAGCUUCGAGUCGUUGACCGUGGAUGAAGGAGCUUGUAGAGUCGGCAACGAACCCAGGACAUCUAGUCGCUUUGACGGUGUUUGCGAUCGGGCGCGGGCGCUAAGUGGAGUCCUGCUGGUUUCCUUGGUAGCAUGGCUGAUGACUUUCUCUGUUAGUGUUCUGAGGUAUGUCAACCCUUUUGAAAACCUGUGGUAG